AUGAUUUCACAACAAGAACUGAAAGACAGAGAAGAAAUUAAAUUCAACGAUGAUCAGGAAAAUCAAGAAGAAAAUAAUCUAGAAGAAAAUCAAGAAUGUGAAGAGGAGGACGAAAGUUCAUCAUUUGAAAAUAGAAUUCUCUACAAUGCUGAUGUGAUACAGAAUUAUGUUGAUCAAGUGUUGAAAACGAAUGGUCCUACGCAGGGAAAUUCAUCUUCCGAAAGAUAUUCGAAUGGAGACGAAAAGGAUGAAAUUCUUGAUCGAUUGGUUGGUUCGAUUUGGGGUCAAGUUUAUGGUGAUGUAGCUGGGUGUCCUAUUGAAGGAUGGAAAUCAGGUGAAAUACGAAAGUUUUAUGGUGAUAAGGAAUUUUUACUAUUCGAUUUUGGACUAAUCGUAAAGAAAGGAUUCCCAAGCAAGGAAUUGAUGGAUUCUAAAGAUUUCUCCCAUCUGCAAAAUGCCAAAAAGGUUGUCGGUGUGAAAAGAAAGGAAAGUGGUACUGAGCUAUUUCUGAGACACAUUCGUCCAGUUGGUAUUCACUCAGACGAUACUCAACAAGGUUUCGCACUGAUCAAUUCCAUCCUUGAAUUUGUAAAAUAUUCGAAAGAUCAUGAGAAUAUUACCGAAUUUCUAAGUUAUUGGAGAAAAUGGCUCUAUGAAGGAUUUACGAAAGGUGAUUGUAAACUUGGUGACGAAUUAGUUGCAAAGAAUUCUCAAGCUUUCAGACAAUUUGGAUCCAAUACUUCGAGGGCAUUGAAGAAAAUAGUCAACCAGAACAAAUCUUGCUAUGAAAGUGGGUCUAAAACUACUGGAAUUGGUGGAAUGAUGAGAUGUUGUGUUGCUCCAACAUGUUUUGCUUUACAAAAAGUUCUUGGAAUUGAAAGAAGGGAAUCUAAUAAUUUAUUCGAAGUUAAGCAAAGUUCAGAAAUAUUAUCAAGAAAGGAAAAGAGAAAAUUGGAAUUAUUGGAGAAAUUGAAUGCCUCUAUCGAGUCUUCUACUACUAAUGACAAGUAUAUUGACAUUCUGUCAAAUUUCUCAUAUGCGCAAUGUUUGACAACUCACUCAACUAUUGAAAGCUCAUCAGUGACAUUUGCAUCCAAUGUAAUUGCUUACAAAUUCAUUCAAGAUGGUAAUAGCCAAGAAACCAUUGAUUGGAUCUUGGAUAAUCUUCCACUCAUUGUUCAGAAACAUGAAAAAUUGUGGCUCCAGAGAAGUUAUUGCCCUGAAUUGAAGAAGGGAGAUCGGGUUGAGAAUCAAUUCCAAAUUUAUGAACCAAUGAAUCAAUCGAUUCACAAUGUUUCAAAUAUUUUGGAACAAGUAUUUGAAUUUAUUAAGGAAAAUAGAGAAAGUGAAUUAUUGCUCAAGAAUUGCAGAGAAAAGAUUUCUGAACUAGCAAAGAGUGUCAAGAAGAAGGCCAUGAAAGCAAAUGUCAAUCAAGGAUUCUGUCUCUUGGGAGGUAUUCAUUGUUUGGUUGCUUCGGUAAUGCCAGAAAAUCCUAGAAUUAUUUUGGCAGCUCAUCCUUCCAAAGCUUACCAUUUGAAAUUGGCAUUGCCAAAUAUUCCAUUCCCUGAAUUACUUCUCUAUUCAAUCAUUUCGAAUGGUUAUGAUACAGAUACUGUUGCAGCCAUUAGUGGUUACAUGUUAGGAGCAAGAUUUGGCGCUAGCUCAUGGUUAUUACACAAAUCUUGUAUUGUAGAUAAGGAAAGAAUUGAAAAGUAUUGUGAUACAUUGGUCUCCAUCUAUAGGAAUAGUCAAACUUCAUCUGAUGUUGAACCUGUGGAAACAAUUUCUGAAUAUAUGAAUAAGGAGAAACUCUUAUCUGUCUAUUGUUCCAUUCAAAGACAUACAUUAAUGGACAAGAUUGUUCCAGUGUUUCUCACAAAUGAUGAUGUUGAUAGCACUGAUAAACCUCUCGCUAGUAAGAGAGUUGAAUACCAUUCAUUGAAUUCUAAUAAAUAG